GGCUGGGGGCGGAGCAGCUGGCGGGUCGGCGCGGGCCCAGCCGUGCGUGCUCACGUGACCGGUCCGCUAGGCCCAGCUCGCUCAGUCGUCCCGGCGAGCGAAGAUGGCGGCCGAGAGGGAACCUCCUCCGCUGAGGGACGGAAAGCCCACCGACUUUGAGGAGCUGGAAGAUGGAGAGGACCUGUUCACCAGCACUGUCUCCACGCUAGAGUCAAGUCCAUCAUCUCCAGAACCAGCUAGUCUUCCUGCAGAAGAUAUUAGUGCAAACUCCAAUGGUCCAAAAGCCACGGAAGUUGUGCUAGAUGAUGACAGAGAAGAUCUUUUUGCAGAAGCCACCGAAGAAGUUUCUUUGGACAGCCCUGAAAGGGAACCUAUCCUCUCCUCGGAACCUUCUCCUGCAGUCACACCUGUCACUCCUACUACACUCAUUGCUCCUAGAAUUGAAUCAAAGAGUAUGUCUGCUCCCGUGAUCUUUGAUAGAUCCAGGGAAGAGAUUGAAGAAGAAGCAAAUGGAGAUAUUUUUGACAUAGAAAUUGGUGUAUCGGAUCCAGAGAAAGUUGGUGAUGGCAUGAAUGCUUAUAUGGCAUAUAGAGUAACAACAAAGACAUCUCUUUCUAUGUUCAGUAAGAGUGAAUUUUCAGUGAAAAGAAGAUUCAGCGACUUUCUUGGUUUGCACAGCAAAUUGGCAAGCAAGUAUUUACACGUUGGUUAUAUUGUACCACCAGCUCCAGAAAAGAGUAUAGUAGGGAUGACCAAGGUCAAAGUGGGUAAAGAAGACUCAUCAUCCACUGAAUUUGUAGAAAAACGGAGAGCAGCUCUUGAAAGGUAUCUUCAAAGAACAGUAAAACAUCCAACUUUACUACAGGAUCCUGAUUUAAGGCAGUUCUUGGAAAGUUCAGAGCUGCCUAGAGCAGUUAAUACACAGGCUCUGAGUGGAGCAGGAAUAUUGAGGAUGGUGAACAAGGCUGCCGACGCUGUCAACAAAAUGACAAUCAAGAUGAAUGAAUCGGAUGCAUGGUUUGAAGAAAAGCAGCAGCAAUUUGAGAAUCUGGAUCAGCAACUUAGGAAACUUCAUGCCAGUGUUGAAGCCUUGGUCUGUCAUAGAAAAGAACUUUCAGCCAACACAGCUGCCUUUGCUAAAAGUGCUGCCAUGUUAGGUAAUUCUGAGGAUCAUACUGCUUUAUCUAGAGCUUUGUCUCAGCUUGCAGAGGUUGAAGAGAAGAUAGACCAGUUACAUCAAGAACAAGCUUUUGCUGACUUUUAUAUGUUCUCAGAACUACUUAGUGACUACAUUCGUCUUAUUGCUGCAGUGAAAGGUGUGUUUGACCAUCGAAUGAAGUGCUGGCAGAAAUGGGAAGAUGCUCAAAUUACUUUGCUCAAAAAACGUGAAGCUGAGGCAAAAAUAAUGGUUGCUAACAAACCAGAUAAAAUACAGCAAGCUAAAAAUGAAAUAAGAGAGUGGGAGGCGAAAGUGCAACAAGGGGAGAGAGAUUUUGAACAGAUCUCUAAAACGAUUCGAAAAGAAGUGGGAAGAUUUGAGAAAGAACGAGUGAAGGAUUUUAAAACUGUUAUCAUCAAGUACUUAGAAUCAUUAGUACAAACACAACAACAGCUGAUAAAAUACUGGGAAGCAUUCCUACCUGAAGCCAAAGCCAUUGCCUAGCAAUAAGACUGUUGCUGUUAAGAAGACCUUGGAUGUUGUUCCAGUUAGGCUGAGUUCCACAGUGAAAUCAUUUAAAACCAUCUAAAACCACUAUAUAUUUUAUGAAUUACACGUGGUUUUACACACACACACACACACACACACACUGACAUUUUAUUACAAGCUGCAUGUCCUGACCCUCUUUGAAAUAAGUGGACUGUGGCAUGACAUUCUGCAAUACUUUGCUGAAUUGAACACUAUUGUGUCUCAAAUACUUGCACUAAAAAGUGCACUGCAAGACCAGAAAAUAUUACAAUAUUUUUUUCUUUACAUGUUCUGUAAUAUGUUUACCCUCUUUAUGAAGUGAAUUAUCAAUGCACUGAUAAAUGUUCACUUAUACAUUCCUGUACAGAAAUUAUGAUUUUGUGAUUACAGUAAUAAAAUGAUAUUCCUUGUGAAA